CGCAUCUCCUCGAAUAUUCUAGCUUUGAUUUAUAGCGAACAUCAACCAUGGGCAACGCAGUCUCCGAGUUCAAAAUCGAGCUCGACGAGAGGCAGAGCCGCAGCCAAGGCAGCACCGUCACCCCGCCCAACGAGGACGGCAGCAUCCCAAGAUGCCGGUCCGUCUCGCCUGCGCUCAAGCACGGCAGGCCCGCGAACGAUGCAACCAUCUACAAACAAUUCGUAGACCUGUACGAGGACUUGCGCGAUUCCUGGACAGGACAUGGGCUCGAUGACCGCCAUAUGCUGCUCGAAAAGGUGCUCGUGUGGAUGGCGGACCACAGCGACUGGGCCCUGGAGCACAGACUCGAGAGCAUCGUCGUCAACUUCCUGUACAAGGACCUCCCCCACCCGCCGGCCGGGUACUUGUCCGUGCCCAACGAGACAUCCCAUGCCCUGCAGAAACGGCACAAGGGCGUCACCUACGCCUUCCGCACCGCAGACGGCUCCGACUACAACGUCCUCUAUCCCGAGCUCGGCAAGGCAGGCGUGCCCUACGCCCGCUCCGUGCCCUCCACGCUCCCGCUCCCCGCCUCUGCGCUGCCGGACCCCGGCCUCGUCUUUGACAUGCUCCUCAAGCGCGACAAAUUCGUGCCGCACCCAGGCGGCGUGUCGAGUCUGUUCUUCGCCUUUGCGGACCUGGUCAUCCACUCGAUCUUCAACACCGACCAGAACGACCCCACGAUCAACAACGCGAGCAGCUACCUCGACCUGAGCCCGCUGUACGGCAGCUCGGAGGCGCAGGUGGAUAGCAUCCGACGCAAGGACGGGACGGGACGCCUGAAGGAAGACGUGUUCGCGGACGGCAGGCUGCUGUUCAUGCCGCCCUCGACGUGCGCCCUCCUCGUGCUUCUCUGCCGCAACCACAAUUACACCGCCUCGAAGCUCCUCGCGAUCAACGAGCGCGGGACGUUCCGCGCGCCGGGCGCGCUGUCCGGCAACAGCGCGGCGCUCGCGGCGCAGGACGACGAGCUGUUCGCGCGCGCGCGCCUCGUCAACUGCGGGCUCUUCAUGCAGGCGAUCCUGGGCGACUACGUCGGGGCGAUCCUCGGGCUCGUGCGCGACGGGCGCGCGUGGCGGCUCAAGAUCCUCGAGCCGUACCGCACCGUCGCGCACGACGUCGCCCCGCGCGGCGACGGCAACGUCGUCUCCGUCGAGUUCAACCUCAUGUACCGCUGGCACGCCGCGCUGUCUGCGCCCGACACGGCCUGGGCCGAGGACGCGCUCCGUAGGGUGGCCCCGCCCGGGAAGGACCCUGCGACGCUCACGAGGGAGGACAUGAAGAAGGCGUACGGACGCCUCAGGCCGCCGGCGGACGUGCAGCAGUGGACGUUUGGAAGCCUGAAGCGCGACGAGAAGGGGCGGUUCAGGGACGUGGACCUCGCAAAGAUCCUCCAAGACGCGACCGAGGCCGAGGCGGGUGCUUUCCGUGCCCGGGGCAUCCCCGAGGCGAUGAAGGUUGUCGAGCUCAUGGCGAUCGAACAGGCGAGGAGCUGGGGGACGUGCUCGCUGAACGAGUUCAGGCGGUUCAUGGGCUUGAAGCCAUACUCUAGCUUCUCCGAGUGGAACCAAGACGAAGAUGUCGCCAAUGCGGCGCGGAUGCUGUACCAUGACAUUGAGAACCUUGAGCUCUAUGUCGGUCUGCAAGCAGAAGAGGCAAAGCCGCCCGGACCAGGCGCCGGGCUUUGUCCAGGCUACACCAUCUCGCGCGCCAUCCUCUCCGACGCCGUCGCCCUCACGCGCGGCGACCGCUUCCUGACGACCGAGUUCACGCCGCAGAACCUGACCGCGUGGGGCUACGCCGACUGCCAGUUCGACGUCAACGACGGCUCGUACGGGGGCAUGCUCACCAAGCUGCUCUUCCGGACGCUCCCCGAGUGCUACCCGGCGGGCAGCGCGUACGCGCACUUCCCUUCCUCGUCCCGCGACACAUGCGUGUUGAGAUGGCCGGGCGUGACCCCGCGCUCGCCGAGGAGUACACCUGGACGCGCCCCGUCCUGCCCUCCCGUGCGCCGCCCACCGUGCCCGUGCGCGGCUUCCCGCGCCCGCGCGCCGGGUACCAGGCGCGCAUACAGGAAGUCACGGGGUGCGAGGACCUGCCGUCGAAGGAGCUCGAGCGGCUGCUGUUUGGCGCGAAGACGCUGGAGGACCACCGGCGCAGCUUCGUGCGCUUCACGGACGCGCAGAUCUGCCAGCAGUCCCUCGCGCUCGGCGGCGGCGCGCGGUACAUCGACAUCGUGCGAGACGUCAUCAACAUGGUGCCCAUCUUCUGGGUCGCGGCGAUCAUCCAGCCAGGCACGCAGCAGACGCAGGACGGGAACAAGUGCUACCACCCCGAGCAGUACUUCCAGGGUUUCGCGGACCUGGCAGACUACGUCUACAUCAACGACGAGCCCGAGCACGCGUUCUCGCUGCGGCAGCACGCGGCAGCCGUGGCGGCGAGCAUCUCCCAGCACAUCGCGGGCGCCGACAGCGCCUUCGCCGCGACCGACUUCAUCAACCGCAUCGUGCGGCGGCUCGUGCGGUCCCUCGACGCGCUCGGCGCGCCUGCAGGUGGCGGCGGCGGUGGCGAGGACUUUGUCGCGCGCCCGCCGUGCGCGAGCCCCGACGACGCGGCGCUCCUCGCCGCGAUGCGCUUCGCGAGCGACACGGAGGGCCUCGCGGCCAGCUUCGUGGGCGAGCUCGCGGCGACGGCGGUGGUGUACUCGCGGUGCGUCGCCCGCGUCGUGGACCGCGUCCUCGACGGCGGGGAGAAGACGCGGCGCCUGCGCGAGGGGCUCGCGAGGCCCGGCUUUGACGCACGCGACAGGGGGUUCGUACAGGAGGUCUCUGAGGCGGUCGGCGAGGCGAACGAUGUGGGGAUCUCGCACGGGCUUAUGGACAAGAGGUUCAUCGAGGCUACCGUACCGGCCAUGCUGCGGUGCAUCUUCAGCCUUCCCAACCUUGAAAGGGCUCCAGGACCGUCCGGCAAGCUCCACAGCCUUGCCCAGGUGUCCACGGACGGACCAGCUGGGGCAGCGUUGUACCUGAACCCGCUUGGCCACGUCACGCCCUGGCCGACUUCGUUGACCGUGCAGUACUCUGAACCUCGGGAAUAGUCUGUGGAAGCAAGACCUGGAACUGCCGGGCCGCUUAAUAUAUUCUAUCUAUUAAGCCUUCUUAUUUAUAUGUUGCUGUAUCUCUAUAUACGCUACAAAGUCGAGGGUCUUCGUGAAUGCAAUUGGCGAAUAAUGACAUCAUGUUUAUUGAACC